GCGGCGGCUGUGGUAGUGUCGGCGGCAGGCUGUCCGGGAAGCAGUAGCAGCGACGGCAGCAGCAGCGGCGGCCCUGAGGAGAGGAAGGCGGCCGCGUCGGCAGCGGCUCGCUCGUCAGGCGGAACCUCGAACUGCCCGGAGGUCGCAGGCGCCGAGGCAUUUGUCGUUUCCUACCGGGCUCGGCGCUCCCGGCCCUGGCUGGGCAGGGCAGAGUGCCCCUGGGGAGGGGCGGAGCUGUAGUUCCAUGUUGUGCUUACAGCUUUUGUAAGAAGAGUGAGGAUUAAAGGGUCCUUGCAAUCUCUGUAUGCAGAUGUACAUGUAGCCAUUUGGAUAUACUCUGGAUUCUGAGUAAGAGAAUAUGGCAUAAGAUAUUUCUUCAAGAUUGGACAACUGCUGGCCUGCUACUUCUGUUAGCCUUAAGCUGACUUUAUAGCCACAGAGAAACCUCACAGAAUUGCAUUGUUGUUUUCUCCUUCAUACCAUUUCUGGCGCCUAAGUUCACCCUGCAACCAUGUAUGGAAGUGCUCGAUCAGUAGGGAAAGUGGAACCAAGCAGCCAGAGUCCUGGGCGAUCACCUCGGCUUCCUCGGUCCCCUCGCUUAGGUCAUCGGCGAACAAAUAGUACAGGAGGGAGUUCUGGAAAUAGUGUUGGAGGUGGCAGUGGGAAAACCCUUUCAAUGGAGAAUAUACAGUCCUUAAAUGCUGCCUAUGCUACAUCUGGCCCUAUGUACCUAAGUGACCAUGAAAACGUGGGUGCUGAGACCCCUAAAAGCACCAUGACGCUUGGCCGUUCUGGGGGACGCCUGCCUUAUGGUGUUAGGAUGACUGCUAUGGGCAGUAGCCCCAACAUAGCAAGCAGUGGGGUUGCUAGUGAUACCAUAGCAUUUGGAGAACAUCACCUCCCUCCUGUUAGUAUGGCAUCUACUGUACCUCACUCUCUUCGUCAGGCAAGAGAUAACACCAUCAUGGAUCUGCAGACACAGCUGAAGGAAGUAUUAAGAGAAAACGAUCUUUUGAGGAAAGAUGUGGAAGUAAAGGAGAGCAAAUUAAGUUCUUCAAUGAAUAGUAUCAAGACCUUCUGGAGCCCAGAGCUGAAGAAAGAGCGGGCCUUGAGAAAAGAUGAAGCUUCCAAAAUCACCAUUUGGAAGGAGCAGUACCGAGUUGUACAGGAGGAAAACCAGCACAUGCAGAUGACAAUCCAGGCUCUCCAGGAUGAGCUGCGGAUUCAGAGGGACUUGAAUCAGCUGUUUCAGCAAGAUAGCAGCAGUAGGACUGGAGAGCCUUGCGUGGCAGAGCUCACAGAGGAGAACUUCCAGAGGCUGCAUGCUGAGCACGAGAGGCAAGCCAAGGAGCUGUUUCUUUUGAGGAAGACCCUGGAGGAAAUGGAGCUGAGGAUUGAGACUCAGAAGCAAACCCUAAAUGCUCGGGAUGAGUCCAUCAAGAAGCUUCUGGAGAUGCUACAGAGCAAAGGACUUUCUGCCAAAGCUACAGAGGAAGACCAUGAGAGAACGAGACGGCUGGCAGAGGCAGAGAUGCACGUCCACCACCUAGAGAGUCUUUUGGAGCAGAAGGAGAAAGAGAAUAAUAUGUUGAGAGAGGAGAUGCACCGGAGAUUUGAAAAUGCCCCUGAUUCUGCCAAGACAAAAGCCUUGCAAACUGUUAUUGAAAUGAAGGAUUCAAAAAUUUCUUCCAUGGAGCGUGGGCUCCGAGACCUGGAAGAGGAAAUUCAGAUGCUGAAAUCAAAUGGGGCUUUGAGUAGUGAAGAGCGGGAGGAAGAGAUGAAGCAAAUGGAGGUGUACAGGAGCCACUCAAAAUUUAUGAAAAAUAAGGUAGAACAACUGAAGGAGGAGCUAAGUUCGAAAGAUGCUCAAGGGGAGGAGCUGAAAAAGAGAGCGGCUGGUCUUCAGUCUGAGAUUGGCCAGGUGAAACAGGAAUUGUCCAGAAAGGACACAGAAUUACUAGCCUUACAAACAAAGCUAGAAACUCUCACGAACCAAUUCUCAGACAGUAAGCAACAUAUUGAGGUGCUGAAAGAGUCCCUCACUGCUAAGGAACAAAGGGCUGCCAUCCUGCAGACUGAGGUGGAUGCUCUUCGAUUGCGUUUGGAAGAAAAGGAGACUAUGCUCAAUAAAAAAACCAAGCAAAUCCAAGAUAUGGCUGAGGAGAAGGGCACACAAGCUGGAGAGAUACAUGACCUCAAGGACAUGCUGGACGUGAAGGAACGGAAGGUCAAUGUUCUCCAGAAGAAGAUAGAAAAUCUUCAGGAACAACUAAGAGAUAAAGAAAAGCAAAUGAGCAGCUUGAAGGAGCGAGUCAAGUCUCUUCAGGCGGAUACCACUAACACAGACACGGCUCUGACAACGCUGGAGGAGGCCCUUGCAGAUAAAGAACGGACAAUUGAACGCUUAAAGGAGCAACGGGACAGGGAUGAGCGAGAGAAGCAAGAGGAGAUUGAUACCUACAAAAAAGAUCUCAAAGACUUGAAAGAGAAAGUCAGCCUAUUGCAAGGAGACCUCUCAGAAAAGGAGGCUUCUCUCUUGGAUAUCAAAGAGCAUGCUUCUUCCCUGGCUUCCUCAGGACUAAAAAAGGACUCACGGCUCAAGACCCUAGAAAUUGCUCUUGAGCAGAAGAAGGAAGAGUGCCUAAAAAUGGAGUCACAGUUGAAAAAGGCACAUGAAGCAACAUUGGAAGCCAGAGCCAGUCCAGAGAUGAGUGACCGAAUACAGCAGUUGGAGAGAGAGAUUUCCAGGUACAAAGAUGAAUCCAGCAAGGCCCAAACAGAAGUUGACCGUCUCUUGGAAAUCUUGAAAGAGGUGGAAAAUGAGAAGAAUGACAAAGAUAAGAAGAUAGCUGAGUUGGAAAGUCUCACCUCAAGGCAAGUGAAAGACCAGAAUAAGAAGGUAGCAAAUCUGAAACACAAGGAACAGGUGGAGAAGAAGAAGAGUGCACAGAUGCUGGAGGAGGCCCGCAGAAGGGAGGACAGUCUCAGUGACAGCUCUCAGCAACUGCAGGACAGUCUCCGUAAGAAGGAUGACAGGAUUGAAGAGCUGGAAGAAGCACUGAGAGAAAGUGUACAGAUAACUGCAGAGCGUGAAAUGGUGCUGGCACAAGAAGAAUCAGCCAGGACCAAUGCUGAGAAACAGGUGGAAGAGCUGUUGAUGGCUAUGGAGAAGGUGAAGCAGGAACUGGAGUCCAUGAAAGCUAAGUUGUCCUCCACCCAGCAGUCUCUGGCUGAGAAGGAGACGCACCUAACCAACCUCCGGGCAGAGAGAAGGAAACACUUAGAGGAAGUUCUGGAGAUGAAGCAAGAAGCUCUUCUGGCUGCUAUUAGCGAAAAGGAUGCUAACAUAGCUCUUCUAGAGCUUUCCUCUUCAAAGAAAAAGACCCAAGAAGAAGUGGCUGCACUGAAACGGGAAAAGGACCGCCUGGUGCAGCAGCUCAAACAGCAGACACAAAAUCGAAUGAAAUUAAUGGCUGACAACUAUGAUGAUGACCACUUGAGAUCCUCCCGUCCCAAUCAGACGAACCAUAAGCCCUCCCCAGACCAGAUCAUCCAGCCCCUCUUAGAACUUGACCAAAAUAGAAGCAAGUUAAAGUUGUAUAUUGGACAUCUGACAGCCCUCUGCCAUGACCGAGACCCCUUAAUCCUCCGUGGACUUACUCCACCAGCUUCUUAUAAUGUAGAUGGUGAGCAGGCAGCUUGGGAGAAAGAGCUGCAGAAGAUGACUCAGGAGCAGCUUCAGAACGAGUUGGAGAAAGUUGAAGGGGACAACGCCGAGCUGCAGGAGUUUGCCAACACCAUUCUCCAGCAGAUAGCUGAUCACUGCCCUGACAUCCUCGAACAAGUGGUCAAUGCCCUGGAAGAGUCCUCCUGAUGUGCUCCUGACAAGGAAGGUGACCAAGGAGCCAGAGAGGAGAACCUGAGGAACAGGUGUCUGAGCUGCCUCCACACCAGACCCUGCCAGCCGGAUGUGCCAGGCCAGCCAUCGGUGUCUGUCAUCAUACUCUGCCUUCUGCUUUGAAUGUUGCCUGCUCAAGUCGCCCUGGUCUCCAUGAAGAACUGCCCUUGGCAUCAGCAGUGGAGAGCUGCGAGCUGCACUCCGCCCUUCCAGGAACAGGAAGCCAGAAGCCACUCAGCUCAUCUGGAGCCCACUCAGAUUCUGUGCCCUGGGAGCUUGGAGCUGAAGCUUUAGCACGAGUGCUUUCUCCUCGGAGGGUCACAGGAGGAGGGAGGAGGUGACCAGGGACAAAGAGAAGAAUGAGCACUCCUCUCUGCGCCCGUGCUGCCCUCCUAUUCACCAUCAGGAGCCCCAGAUACAGGCCAGCCUCGUGCAGCUUAGCUCUCAGCCUGUUGCCUGUCUCACCUGCACUGCUUUUAGUUGACAGGAGCAGGAUGUUCACAGUGGUCACCCUGCUCACUCUUCUUUAAGUCCUUUGACCUUCCCAUGCUACAUUGGUAGGCUAAAUAUCUGACUGAAAAGAAGAAGGCUUAAUCUGUGGGGCCCUCUUGUCACUGCUUGCAGUUUUGCUCCUCAGAAGCUGUCCUGGAGGGCCAGGCCGAUUCCUCCUGAGCAUCACCCACAGUGUUCUCUGCUCCCAGCGUCUUGCCCCAAGCUGCUGCUGACCAGGGGUUGCUAGAGUGUGUGAUCCACUGCCCACCUUCUCGGCUUUACUCUCAAGGUACAACCACAGAGCCACAGCCUUGUACCUGCCUAGAAACUUAUUUUGGCACAACUGAGUUUGUCUUAGUGCACACGCAUUCCCUCCUCCAGUCAUUCAUUCAAAAGUAUGAAAUGCCUACUGUGUGCACAUCCCUGGAAAAGCCUCAGAUAGGGAUGGUGUGGAAGCCCUGUGAGACAUGCUCAGUUGAAUCAUGGCAGUGAACGCAUACCUUCUCCCUUCCUUCUUCCCAGACCAGCAUUCUUUGUUCUCCACCCUCAUGGCAUCUGUGGGCUUGGGUGAGCCAUCUCUCUCCCUGGAAAGUCCCAUUUGGUAGGUCAGGAUCUUUGCUGUCAGUGUUAUUACCCUGAAACAUGUUCAUUUGUGUCAGCUGCCUGCUUAACACACCUCAUGGACUUGGCCAUGCUGCACUCAGAUGCAGAGCCAGUUGAAUGUCUAGGCAUUUUUCAGAUCCCCCCAUCCCACCCCCAGGUGUAGAAGACAGCUAUCAGAUAGAGUCAGGCCCUAAGGGAGUGCAGCUCAUGUCUCGUUCUUCGUCUCUGAAAUAGAAGCAGACUCCUGACUCUGCUGUCUUCUGAUGAGAGGCUAAGGCCUCUCGGCCUGCGUCUCCCCUUCUGCCCAGUUACUCUCGAAGGAUUUUAAUGUUGCCCAGAAAUCUCUCUCACCCUCAACCUAGGACAUCAUACAGCCACUGCUGUCACAGUCACAGCCCUGGCUCCCCUUCUUCCCUGCCAUAGUGUUCCUUUGUGUGGGUUGCUGGAGAGAGUUCCUCGUGAGGGUUUGGGUGGGCUCUGCCAUGAACCUCUCGUGGAGGUGCUUUUGGAUUUCCCAGCCUGGUCACCAGGAAUAUGGAAAUUAGUCUAAAAAAUGAUAAUCAUUGCUGCUCAGUUCUCUCAAAUUUUUUAAUUGUCCCAUCCAUAAAUCCUUUAGAAGAUCCCAGUAUUUCAGGAUAGGAAGGUUAGGAUCUUAUUUUAUUCUCUUAACAUAAGGAACCACUACUUAGUGACAGCUUCACAGGCUACAGUGGAAAUCAGAAAACUUAGAAGGGUCCAGGCCCACAGGAGUAGCCUAGCACUACCACUGGACAGCUGCUGCUCCAGCCGUUCUGUGAGGGAUCACCACAGACAGGCCUCCUUACGCAUACCCAUUUGGUGUUCAUUAGCAGAAGUAUCAUCUGCUACCUUUACUAACUGCACAUGUGACCCACUCCACCACUUCCUUCUCCAUCAGGUCCCUCCAGAGAGGCUGCGGGAACCCUGCAGGACACAGGCUUAUAGAGAAGGCAGGUUUGUAAGGCAGACUUUGCCUGAUCUCUGCACUGUAGCAAAGGCUUCUCCUCCUCCGGGAGUGAGUGACCCGGCGACUCAAGUGCUUCUGGAGACUGGAGCUAAAGUUGAACCAUAAAUGUAGUCUUUGUGGUCUUUGUGUUAGGCAUAGUUAAUAGGGUAUCUGGCAUUGGGAUCCUACUGACUACCAUUCAUUAAGUCCAUAUUUACUAAAUGCAUAACUGCCAUUGCACUGUGACAUGUCAUUCCAUGACUGUCUGCAUGCACAUGAUCCUUAAGGUAGCUGGCCCUGAGAGCUCGCUGCAGCUUGGCUGAGAUCAUCCCUGUCUCUUCAUUCCAUCGUCAAGCCUCAUAGCCUUCGCACCUAAGGUAAAGGUGGCCUCCCCCAGGCCUUCCUCACUGGCCUCCCCCCAGGUCUUUGAAGAAGGGUCAAAGCAAGGCUGUGUCACUAUGUAGGGUAUGAUACCCACAGGCCUAAGUCCCAGAAGACCCCUAUGUCAGCAGUGUCUACCCCAAGUGACAUCAUAAAGAUGACAGUAGGAAAAGAGGGCUGGAAGCCAACCUGGGGCUCUCAGCUCUGCAUGCCUAAGUAGACUCUGUCCCCGGCCCUCAUUGGUUGACUGGGAUUAGCAAGUACUCACAGACAUUUAAGAUGGAGAAGUCAAGAGUGGGCUUUAGCAACUCAGCAGUUCGGAGGGGCUCCUGCAGUUCCUGCCAGCCUUUAUUCUCACACUUGAGAAGACCUGAGUGUACCUCUUCCUCACCAGUGGGCUUUAGAAGCCCAAGGAGAGCAGACUGGAACAAGACCACCAAUGGUGUUGGAGGUCAUGCUGUGGCUGGCCGUGUCCUGUCCCAUCUGUUUGGCCUCCUGGGAAGAAUGCGUUGGCUCCAUUUCUUUCCCAGGAGAGAUGAAGUCAGUCCAGAUGGUUCUCACGUACUACUGUCCUGUCCUGCCCUCCCCUCCGCUGUUGACACUGGGACUGGCUUGGCACCACACCCUCCUAUGUGACUGAAGUACAGACUCAUUGGCCUCCCUCCAGGUCUUUGAAGAAGGGUCAAAGCAAGGCUAUGUCGCUCCGUAGGAUGUGAUACCCACAGGCCUAAGUCCCGCCAGACCCUAUGUCAGCAGUUUCAGUAACUCUCGAGUCUGCCUCACCUCCUGCCUGCAGAGUCCAGAGUCAUGGGAAAGGAGCCAGAGGGAUGAGGCUGCACCACAGGCCUGUUGGGCACCCACCGUCACUGCCAGUCUCAGAGAUUCUGACUGUUUAAAGACAUGUUCUUCCUGUGAACCAAGAGGACGUUCAGGGAAAAAGAAAACAUAUUUUACCUGGGGAUCCUUCUGAACAAAAUGGCUGUCUGUACUCUUUUUAACCAGAAACGUUCCAAACUUUUUAGUGUCAAAAUUGUAACCAAGUGUCUCCUGAUUCUUCCCAAUGUGCUUGGCAAGUGCUGUGACCCUGUUGUAGGUAUUUCUCCUCCUGCCUCUUCUGAGGGAGAAGUGAUUUUAGGGGUUGAUUGGAGGGAGCCAGUGUCUGGCUGGCUCCUGCCACCUCUCUUGUUUCUCUGCUUGUUGAUAUUGUUCGUGUGACUCAGAGAACGGGGCAGUUACAUUGUGUCCAUUGUUGAGAAUAUUAAAAUAUUAAAACAGUAGUUAUAGAACUAAAAAAUUAAAGAGCUGUGUUUUAAAAGAUGCAAACCCAUCAAUAUCAUGUUAACAAAGGAAUUCAAGCUAUGGGCAGCCUAGCUCCUCCCCCCCAGGUCGGUGUGGUGGUAGCCAGGUCAGCCCUUGGGGGACACAUUGACCACACCUGAGUUAGGUAACUGCCUGGGAACAAGAAUCUGGGGCUCAGUUGUGUCAGGGUUUUCUCUACACCCUCAGGACCUCUGGGUAGGGGUUUCAAAGUUGGUGACUCCAGAACCACCCUCACCCUCACAUUGGAUCAAGCCUCGUGUGCCUAGUGCUAUGUUGUAACCUGGGCUUGGGCCUGGAGCCCCUGCUUGCAAGGCCACAGGACCUCUUCCUGCCCACUUGGUGCUAUCUCAUUAUGACCAUCUAUCAGGGCAGCCUGGGCUCCUGGAACCUGUGGGCCAGGUGCCAUGGGUGGCCCUCAAGAGCUUAGCUCUCUCUGGCUCCUGAUCCUAGAUUUUUUUUCCUUUGAAGCUUUUUAGACCCAGACUCUCUUGGCUCCAGAGAUGUCGGAGUCAGGGAAGGAAAUGAGCCAGGCUGAGGCAAGGAGAUCCACCCCUAUGCCACAGUGAGCACACCAGCCCAGCCCCUUUCCCACCACACCAGUAUUAAAGCAUCUAGUCCCACCUGAGGCACAUGCCAUUCGGUGGCCCAGUUGCCUAGUGCAGACUAGAAACCUAGGACAGGGAUGGGGAUAUUUCUCUGCACCCCUACUUCAGAAGAGGCAUGUUGCACUUUAGUGGGGAACCCAGAACAUUGGGCACUGGCUUCCUGUAGCUUGAGUCCCUGUAGAUAGCCAUGGUGGCAGCCUGAUGGCUUGUGUGAAGCAGCUGCAGCUGCUAUCAGCUGUGCACAUGUGUGCAGCUCCUAGAGUCAAAUUGCCGGCCUGAUGAUGACAUCUCAAAGAUGUAUUCUGUUCAACUUUGCCUUGGUAAUUACUGUAAACACUUUGUUCAAUUUUUUUUCUUUUUUUAUUCACAAACUAAAUCCAUCAGGAAAUUAUAAACUUAUUUAAAAACUG